GGCGGCCUCAACGUGUCCGUGGUGCACCGCGCCUUCUACGUGCUGAGCGGCCUGUGCGCGCUCGCCGCGCUCUACUUCCUGGUGCGCGCGCUCAGGUUGAGGAAACCUCAGAGGAAGAAAUACGGCCUGCUUUCCAACUACGACGAGCACGUGGAGAUGACGUCGCUCGACAGCGACGAGGACACGGUGUUUGAGACGCGAAAUCUGAGGCGAUCAAAGGCACGAGCUGAAGCCCACGUCCGAGAUGCCUGUUGAGAGAAUAAACCUUCAGUGCACCCAGAAGGUGAAAGCCAGUAGCAAACUGGAACCAGAAGCCUGGUUUAAUCCACGGGGACUUUGUUGGCUCUGGUAAUGAAAGAAUUGGGCCACAUUCCUGCAAGGUCGUGCCUGCGGGCAGGCAGCUGUGCCCGUCCAGGCCCCGUUUGCUGCUUGGGGGCUGCGUCCAGGCUCGGGCCAGCCCCACAGCUGCAGGGCUGGGUUCACAUUCACUGAAAUCGGUCUGUAAAUUGAGCUAAUGAAAUGAAUGCACAACCCUGGGCUGGACAUGCUGUGUCGACCCAGUAGCUGUUUGGUCAUUGACACUGCUCUUUGCUCCCGAAGCAUUGUAACCUGCUAGUGCAAGCCAGAAAAUCAAACUCUGCAAGGCCGGAAGGGACCGUUCCUAUUUGCUAGUCUGACCUCCUACAAAACAGGCCAGGAAGCAAUCCGUUCUGAGCCCCCAAAUUUGCAGUUAAACUAAAAGAUGUCUUUUAGAAAGAUCUGCCGUUUUGACUUGGAUCCUCCAGCCCAUGGAGACGUCAUCACAUCCCUCUGUACAACGCCUCGGUCAUGAACGCCCCGCAGUCGGACAUCUGCCCAGCUGAAGCCAUCAAAAUGCUCCGUGGUCUUCACACGGACAGUACGGGGCAAAAGAGCAUCUCUAGACCGUGGGUAUCUGCUAUACUAUGUCCUGGCAUCACUGAUGCAGGUCAGGAAUUGGGGAUUUUUGUUUGCGUGGAAGGUGUCCAGGUGCCGCGGUGAGAGCUGAUCUUGUCUGAACCCCAGGUAGAGUCGAAGCUGCCGUUUCGCUUGCCUGUCUUUCAAAGCCGUGACUCCUCCAAGGAUAUCUUGUUGCAAAGGAUGCGAUGCUCUUCCCCCAGCGAAGCAAGAUGUUUGCACACGCAAAUCUUCCCUUGCAGGCGGUUGCGCAGACAUUCGGCAUGUCUGGAGCGGGCAGCGUUCUUGCUGUUGGGGGGUCUCCAAGGCACUUGCUUAAAUCCUUCUCGGCACACACCUGCUGCCAGCAGAAGCACUGCUCAUCUCAUCACCUGGCUCCAUGUCACACAAAUACAGCCCUUUAAAGCCAGCCCGGGCUCUAGUUAAGCACUUCCCUUUGGCGCGUGUCACAUUUAAAUCUUUUGCUUGCAUUCAAAGCCGCGGCAGGGUUCUCGCCUCCAAAUCUCUCCCUCGGCUCCGAGGCUGCAGGAAGGUUGUCAUGAAACAAUUUUUGGAGGUGACUGAAGUACUCUGCACGGCCACGUUAAGGGCCUGCUGACUGCAGUGCUUCUUGAGAACGAAUGCUUCCUGCUCCGAACGGCGCAGAUGACCUAUUUUUGCCCUUAUUAAUACCAGUACCCCAUUGUGGUGAACGCUGGGCAAGUGGGGAGUGAUGGAGGGUCUGAUCUGGAACGCAUCUGUUUGCGUGACUUUGCCGGCGAUGCUUGGAUACAG